AAUCGCAUUCAACGUCUGGGUUGACUGUGAUAUCAGUCAACGCAAAACCCACCAGAUCGCUCAAAGUCGCCAUUUUGAGUCGCAAAAACGACAAUACACAACAACUGAGCCACUCCGCUUGAAUGGGCGCCGUAUGGAAUGACACGUUUUCAAAAACACGAAAUCAGUGACAAAGAUCACAAAGUGUUUUGUACCUUAGGUUGAACAUCGCUAAACUGUAGUGUUAUACUGCUCGAUCUGCUAACCCGUUUCGCUGACCUGUUACUGAAAUAUUAAAGUUUGACUGGAUAUCGCCACACAAGUAAGUAAUUUGUUUUUGUAACCGGUUCAAUUUUGAGAAUUAUAAUUUCCCAUGCAAUUUCACGCAUCGCUCGCUAUUAGGUUUCUCAAGAAUUAUGUAUCUUCCUUAUAGAUCGAAUAAACAAUAUAAAGAUUAUACGAUUCCGUAUCCAGUCAUUCAUCCGAGAACCAUUUUCAGCUGGACCAGUGGCUAGACGGUCAGAGCUAUUCCUCGGCGAUCCCUUACUACGCAGCUGUAUCUGUUUUAGCCUGCGAACAGGCUCCCGGCGAGGACGGAAAAAAAUUUCGGCGAGCGCGAAACAGAAGAAUUCGGAGAGCAAAGCACAAGUGAACAAGUGAACGAUGAACUGAAUUGAAUUAAUUUCAGUUGCAGCGAGUGGGUUGCAGAUCUUGCGGUGAGAUUUUGAUUUCCCACAUUUCUCUUUACUCCAGGCUUGCUUCAGGACCUUUAUAUAGUACACAUUUUGAAGACCAUCGAUGAUGGAAUCGCUACGGAACAUUUUGUCUUUGGAAUCCCUCGUUCAUCCUGCUGCCAUCACGACACUGUCACUUCUCGUAGUGUCGUUGUUCCUCUACUGGUGCGGAACGCGUGGCUUCGCAGACCUUAAGAAACUCAACGUUCCUCAUAUUCCCAAACCUGUUCCAUUCCUUGGAAACUUUCUUGAAGUGAGGAAAUACAAUGGAAUGCAUCUCUUGUGUCUCGAUUACGUUAAAAAAUACGGCAAAGUGUUCGCCAUCUGUCUGGGUGCCAAACCAUCGCUCGUCGUUGCGGAUCCCGAGCUCUUAAAGCUGAUACUGAUCAAGGAUUUUCCAAACUUCCGCGAUCGUUACAUUUUCCAGUUUCCAGGUGCUCCUUUUAACAAGAACGUCUUUCACUCUCAAGGUAACAGCUGGAAACGAAUCCGUAACAUACUGACGCCAACAUUCAGCGCAGGGAAAAUGAAAUUGAUGGUUCCUUUGAUGGAGAAGUCAUGUGACACGCUGAUGGAAAAACUUGAGAAAAUUGCUGAUUCAGGUGAAAGUGUGGAUAUGCUCGACUGGUUCAGUCAGCUGACAUUCGAAGUGAUUUUAUCAACGGCCUUUGGCGUGGAUGCGAACAUUCAAAUGGGAGAAAAUACAGAAAUGCUGCAAAAGGCACAGGCAAUAUUUAGAAUUCCUUUGAUUGUCCGGCAGAUUGAACGCUUGCCGUUUGGCACUCUUCUCUUUUCGGUACUGGGUGCUAUAUUUGGAAACCAACCGACAUAUUUUCUUGGCAUUGUCGACGAAAUUAUCAAAACCCGUCGCCAGCAAGGGCUCAUGGGACGGAAGGACCUGCUACAACUCAUGAUGACGGCCAAAGACGAAACCACGGUGGAAGGGGUCAGCAGACUUACUGACGAGGAGAUUGUAGCACAAUCAGUCUUCUUCCUAUUAGCUGGUUAUGAAACCUCAAGCAACACGUUAAGCUUUACUGCGUAUUUCUUGGCCACGAACCCGGAUGUUCAAGAAAAACUGAGGGCAGACAUCAAAGACGCCAUGGAGUCCAAUACCGAUAUUUCGCUCUACGAUCUGACUCACAGCAUCGAAUACCUCGAUUGCGUCAUUAAGGAAUCUCAGCGAAUGUGUCCCCCGGGUGUCCAGGCCACCCGAGAAUGCUCUGAAGAUUAUGACCUGAAUGGAAUCCACAUUCCAGCUGGAACGGAGAUACUGAUUCCCAUAUACGCCCUUCACCAUGACCCUGAUGCUUGGCAGAACCCGGAGACGUUUGACCCUGAGAGAUUCCGCGGUUCCUCUAAGGACGCCAUCCAUGCCUUUCAGUUCCUACCGUUUGGUGCCGGGCCCAGGAACUGUAUCGGGAUGAGGUUCGCCCUGAUGGAGAUCAAGAUUGCCCUGGUGAAAAUCCUGCUGAGGUACAAGUUUGUGCAGUCACCCGAGACACAAGUACCUCUGAUUAUACACCCUGGCGGCUCCUUGAGUGCAAGAGAUGGCGUUCGUGUUCGAGUAGAGACCCUAGUUUAAAGACCGAGUUACUUGACACCUCUGGCAGGUUACCAUAUUCUGUGUCUUUGAACUAAAUAAGCCAGCCUGCAAAUAGGAAUUUUUUUCAUCCAAAUAUUGUCAUCUUCACUCAGCGGACACUGGAACAUUCUCCCAGCUAUAUGCAAACACUACAUUUUAAAAUCUUAUAAGCCGUCACCUCUCUCAUUUGACACUUUUUAAUUUUACUAGUACCAAAGGUGUCUGCCUAUGGGAGUUUCGACUUCAAUUUUAAGUCGCUUUGCUAUCAAAACAUUUAUUUCAACUAUUAAACAGGUGGUAUCCCUACCCGUUUUCACUAUUCAAGUAAUGCUGCCAACCUUUGCGAUUUUGUUUGACAUUCACGAGGAAGCAAAUUAAUUUGAGGGGGAGGGGUGGCAAUCCGCACCACCGGUCGUAAAAGAUAAAAGCGCCCUGUUUGAAUUGUCAUGUUGAGCUCAUAGCAAUUGAGAGCGAAUAGUGUAAUUGUUUUAGCAGAAUUCUAACCUUAAUUUUUUUUCUCCUAACGAUUUCCAAUUAUUUCUCUCUGUAUAAUUGUAAUUUUAUAAAAUUUACAGCUGUGUACGCGCGCAUCAGUACUUCAACUUUUUAAUGAAAGUCAAGAAACAGUAAA